UAUAUCACUUCCACAACCAGUCACAGCCUUUGAUUGCAGACUUCCACAGAAGUCUCUUCUUCUCAACAUUCACGCCCAUUUUCUCUUCAUUUCACCAAAUCUCCGUUGCUGAAUCCCCGCGAUUCCUCAAUUCGCCGCUCCAAUGGCUUCCGCAAUGCUCAACGGCGCCGAAAACCUCACUCUCCUCCGCGCAAUCGCCCCAAACCCCAACCGAUUAGGUCUCCACACCUCACAUUUCCGCUUACCCCCAAUCUCCCGCAGCACCGUCUCAAUUCGAACUGCAAGGACUCCGAAAUGCAGCAUCUCCGCUCCGGCUCCACGGCCGGCGUCGCAGCCGCGGUUCAUCCAGCAUAAGAAGGAGGCGUUCUGGUUCUACCGAUUCCUCUCCAUCGUGUACGACCACGUCAUAAACCCUGGCCAUUGGACGGAGGACAUGCGCGACGACGCGCUGGAGCCGGCCGACCUGAACCACCGCGAUUUGACGGUGGUGGACGUCGGCGGAGGGACGGGGUUCACCACGCUGGGGAUUGUCAAGCAUGUGGAUGCGAAGAAUGUUACGAUUCUCGAUCAGUCGCCGCACCAGCUGGCGAAGGCGAGGCAGAAGGAGCCGCUCAAGGAGUGCACGAUUAUUGAGGGGGAUGCUGAGGACCUCCCCUUCCCCACCGACUCCGUCGAUCGAUACGUCUCUGCUGGGAGUAUUGAGUACUGGCCAGACCCACAGCGAGGAAUCAGGGAAGCGUACAGGGUUUUGAGACUUGGGGGAAAGGCGUGCUUGAUUGGUCCCGUGUAUCCAACCUUCUGGUUGUCGCGCUUUUUUGCAGAUGCGUGGAUGCUCUUCCCAAAGGAGGAAGAGUACAUAGAGUGGUUUGAAAAGGCAGGGUUCAAGAAUGUCCAACUUAAGAGGAUUGGCCCAAAAUGGUAUCGUGGGGUUCGCAGACAUGGGCUCAUCAUGGGAUGUUCUGUCUCAGGUGUGAAAGCCAGCUCCGGGGACUCACCUCUGCAGCUUGGUCCUAAGGCUGAGGAUGUAUCAAAACCUGUGAAUCCAUUGGUGUUUCUGGCCCGGUUGAUUCUCGGUGCCAUUGCAGGAGCUUACUACGUGUUGGUUCCGAUUUACAUGUGGCUCAAGGACCAAAUUGUCCCGAAAGGGCAGCCCAUAUAGGAGGCUGACGCUAAAAGCAAACCGUUUGUUCCUGCUGUUGGACCUUUACUGUAUUCCUCCUCAGCUCAAAUGGCAGUUCCCAAAAAUUAAAAAUUCUCACCCUGCAGAUUGAUAGGCGGGUUCCCUUGUAGUUUUCGAGUUAAUGUACCAAACAAGAUCAGUGAAACUUAGUUGUUCAAACCAUGAAAGUUCCCCUCCAGUAUUUGGAUAAUCAACCAAGACUGGUGAACUUAAUAAUGGUUGUAACAAGGCAAUCCACAUUUUGGUGCUAUUUUGUAGAAAAUCUGUUCGUAGAAAAUAUCGAUCUGCAUUCCCUUC